UCUGUUCUGCAACCAAACCCCACCCCAGUGCACCUCAUAGGUCCUCUCCCCAGGCACAACGCACAGGGUUUAAUACAGGGUUGAUGCGGUAGGAGAUUAUAGACGUCAGAUUAUAGGCGUCGCGUCGUUGCUUAGUGACCAUGGCGUUAUUCCUGUUGUUCGAGUCGUCGUCGGGCUACGGGCUGUUCGAGGUCAAGGCGCUGGACGAGCUGGCGCAGAGCUCGGACGCCGUUCAGGCGUCCGUGGCGGAUCUCACUCGCUUCAGCCAGGUCGUCAACCUCUCCGCAUUCAAGCCCUUCAGCUCAGCGGCAGAUGCUCUCGAGCAAUGCAACGCCGUGUCUGAAGGGCUGCUGACGCCGGAGCUGCAGAGCUUUCUAGAGAUGAAUCUGCCCAAGUCGAAGGCCAAGGCGGGCAAGAAGCCGUCGUUCCAGCUGGGCGUGUCGGAGGCCAAGCUGGGGUCCGCUAUUCAGGAGGCGGCGGGCGUGCCGUGCGUCAGCAACGACCUGGUCAUGGAGCUCAUGCGCGGCGUGCGCCUGCACUUCGCGCGCUUCGUCAAGGAGCUGAAGGAGGGCGACGUGGCGCGGGCGGCGCUGGGGCUGGGGCACAGCUACAGCCGGAGCAAGGUGAAGUUCAACGUGAACCGCGUGGACAACAUGAUCAUCCAGGCCAUCAGCCUGCUCGACACGCUCGACAAGGACGUCAACACCUUCUGCAUGCGCGUCAGGGAGUGGUACUCGUGGCACUUCCCCGAGCUGGCGCGGAUCGUGACGGACAACUACACGUACGCGCGCGUGGCGCGGCGCGUGAAGGACAAGGCGACGCUGACGGAGGAGGCGGUGGCGGAGCUGACGGAGAUCAUCGGCGACGAGGAUAAGGCCAAGGAGGUGCUCGACGCCGCCAAGGCCAGCAUGGGCCAGGACAUAUCGCCGAUCGACCUGAUCAACAUCGAGGCGUUUGCGUCGCGCGUGGUGUCUCUGGUGGAGUACCGCCGCGACCUGCACUCGUACCUCACGGCCAAGAUGCACGACGUCGCGCCCAACCUCGCCGCGCUCAUCGGCGAGAUGGUGGGCGCGCGCCUCAUCUCGCACGCGGGCAGCCUCACCAACCUCGCCAAGUACCCCGCCAGCACCGUGCAGAUCCUCGGCGCCGAAAAGGCGCUCUUCAGGGCGCUGAAGACGAAGGGCAACACGCCCAAGUACGGGCUCAUCUUCCACUCGUCGUUCAUCGGCCGCGCCUCCGCCAAGAACAAGGGCCGCAUCUCGCGCUACCUCGCCAACAAGUGCUCCAUGGCCUCGCGCAUCGACUGCUUCUCAGAGGCGAGCACGAGUGUGUUUGGCGAGAAGCUGAAGCAGCAGGUGGAGGACCGGCUGGAGUUCUACGACAAGGGCGUGGCGCCCAAGCGCAACCUGGACGUCAUGAAGGCCGCCAUCUCCGCCGCCAAGGCCCAGGCAGACGCCCAGGCCGAUGUCGGCACCAAGCGACCUGCAGAGGGCGAGGCAGCAGCAGGGGGGGGCACAGAGGAGACACCGAAGAAGAAAAAGAAGAAGGUGGCGGCAGAGGCAGAUGGGGAGACGCCAGGCAGCGGAAAGAAGAGCAAGAAGAAGGUGAAGGCUGAGGCAGCUGGUGGUGCUGCUGCAAGUGCUGAGAAACCAAAGAAGAAAAAGAAGGCAGCUACGUAGCCAUUGUGUAGCUGUUGGGGGGAUGGGGAAAAGGAAAGGGAAUUAGGGAGCUCGAUUUUUCUGUAAUUUAGAGUCAAGAUGUGCAAAGGAAGGUAACUACACUGCAGAAGCAUCCUUGCCGUUUUAUGCACACGAGUGACAUACCUGUCAGAGUAAC